CUUCACUCUCUCUCGCGUUGACGAAGGGUGUGGUGCUACUCGGUGUCUUCUUGGCGGCGAAUUGACGACAUUAUUGAUGUAUCUGUUAUGAACAUCCGUAAAAUCUUGUAUUGAUCCGUGGACGAAAUGGAGAACGUGUUGGUGGUUUCUCUGCUGGUGUUGGCCUCUCUUCGCCCUGCUUCUACUGAGGAGAAGUUCAUCAAGGAAGGCGGUAGCGUGACGCUGGACUUGAGGCCUGCUCCUUCCGAUCCGAUCAUCAUCAUCCAGUGGAAGUUUAAAGAUGGUAUUCUGGCAGAAUGGGUGAAAGAUGUGCUUCCUUUGGCCCAUAACAGAGAACACAUCAAACUGGAUAUAGCCUCUGGACGUUUAGCUAUGGAGAAAAUGACCAAAGCGCACGAGGGUGUGUAUUCAGUGGAGGUUAACAACCUAGUGCAAAAAGUGACAUACAACGUUGUGUUUAUCAAAGAUGUUCCCAAGCCGGACAUAUGGGUCGCCCCGCUGACAUGCAGCCAUGAAAGUGACCAAUGUACCCUGAGCUGUGAGGGGGACACCACCGGGGCUGAACCCGUCACUUACAGCUGGAAGACCGACGAUGGAGAGUGGAAAGAGUCGAGGAAAGACAUGCCCAUCACCAAGAAAGACCAUGGACAAGUAAAGACCUUCACCUGCAGGAUGAAUAACUCAGUAAGUGAGGAAGAAAGUGAUCCAUUUACAAAUAGACUCUACCCGGAGAAAAAACCACACUCCACUCCUGAGCCUGUUAUAGGCUUCGUUGUAGUCUUACUUUUGGCGGUUGUGGUUGGGGGGGUCGCGUGGGUGAUUUUGGCAAGGAAAUAUAAGAAAUGGCCCUUCGAGAAGCGAAACAUCGACCCUGAGACUCCAAAUGGAAAUGAUGCUGCAAACGAAGCGCUUUUGAAACUGGAUGCAAAACCAGGCAGCCAAGUAGGACCUGCAGGAGGAGCAGAACCUUCUAAUACAUCACUGGAUCAAAAACCAGGCAGCCAAGUAGGACCUGCAGGAGGAGCAGAACCUUCCAAUACAUCACUGGAUGCAAAACCAGGCAGCCAAGAAGGACCUGCAGGAGGAGCAGAACCUUCUAAUACAUCACUGGAUCAAAAACCAGGCAUCCAAGAUGAACUUACAGGAGAACCUGCAGACCCUCUCAAAGCAUCACGUGAGGGAAACCCUGCAGAAGGAGAAGCCGAUGCUAAACUGUGAGCUCUUGUCUCCUCUGGCAGAUUGCUAUACCUGCAGACAUGUUGGGAAAAGAUGUCCAUAUGUUUUUGCUUCACAUGAGCUGUGUGUGUUUUUUAGCUGUGCGUCCUCGACUGUUACACGCACCAGAAGGAUUGUCAUACUGUCCAGUGUCCUCCCCAAAAUAAUCAUUUGGUUGUACAGCAGCAUGAAAACAUGAUUUAUAUUUAAAUAUCAAAUGCAAAUUCACAGCCUGUUGUUAAAAGAGACAUUGUGUUAUUGAACACAAAUGAUAUGAGAGGACUAAUGUAUGAACUUUAACAAUCAGCCAUCUAUUUUCAUAAUCCAAUUUGAAUUUGUACAAUUUUGUAGUUAUUUGAAUGCUACUUCAAAGUUAUAUUUGACUUUCCCUGAUUUUUUAUUAUUAUACAUGAUAUCUAUGUCGCUUUGGAUUUGUGUUAAUCGAUCAUUUCCCUCAAAGUAUUUAGUGUUUGGGUGAACGAGUGAAAACAUGAUUUAGAUGUUAAUGUGUGUAUGCUGAUAAGAGCGUGGCGAUAUUGCAACAAAAUAUCUGGGGGAAAAGAUUCUAUCGGACACACAUAGACACACACACACAGACAUAGACACACACACACAUAGACACACACACAUAGACAUAGACACACACACACAGACACACACACACAGACA